CCCCCUCCUCCGCCUCAAGCUUCACGCACCUCUUCUUCGCGCCCCUAACCGCCUUCGUCGUGAAAGUAAUCCUAGCCGGCGCCAGCGGCUUCAUCGGCACCGAACUCCUCUCUCACCUCCUCUCCAGCACAUCCAUAACCUCCAUCAUCAUCCUGUCGCGGCGGCCGUUGGCGGAUAUCGCGGCCCGUGAUCCACGGAUCCGGGUUUUUGUUCUGAAGAGCUUUUUGGAGUUCGAGGAGGAGGUGAGGGGGGAGUUGGAGGGGGCGAGGGCGGUUUUUUGGUGAGUGUGCUGAUGGGACGGAGAAGGGGGAGAGGAGAGAGAGAGAGAGAGAGAGAGAGAGAGAGAGGCUGAUGAUGAUGAUGAUGAUGAUGAUAGGGCGCUCGGAGGAUCGAAUGCGAAGCCGACGCCGGGGGAGAUGGUGGAUGAGGUGGAGGUGCAGUAUCCGUUGGCGUUGGCGAAUGUGUUGAUUUCGUUGAGGAAAGCGGGAGGAGAGAGUAAGGAGGGUGGUGGCGCGCAGUUGAGGUUUUUGUUUGUGAGUGGGACGUUCUCGGAGAGGGAUCAGGGGAGACGGCUUUGGUUUUUGGAGCAGGGGAGGAUGGCGAGGGUUAGUUGUUCUUUGCUUUGCAAAGGUGUGUCUAAGUUGAUGAGAAGAGAACUGAUGGUCGUACAGGGAUUGGCUGAAAAUAGGCUCUUCAACCUCGCGGAACAGAAUCCGGAUAUUUUCGAAGCGGUGGCUGUCAAAGCAGCUUAUGUGGUGCCGAAGAAGAGUAAGGUUCCUGAUGUCGUCGUAGGUUUGAGUAGGAACGCGAUUAGGGUUGAUGAGUUGGAUUUUGUAACUUAACAAACUAGCAAGAAUUUAAAUGAAACAAAAGGUGGCCUUCUGUGUUUUGCCAAGUUCGCGAUGCUCGAAUGUUAGAAGAGGAUGCAUACAAAGCAGGUGUGACCACAUUAAGACAAUCUCUCCACUAAAAUCAAGACGCUUCACCGAUACCAACCUAAACCAAGCAACGUAAAGCUCACCUAGGUCCACAACACCCCACCCCACCAACCUCUUCAAGCCUCAACCUGUUCCUGAUCCGCAAAAAUCUGAAACUCCUCUGGCUGUUCCCCAGGACAAAGCUCCACACUCCCCGUCCC